AUGGAUAGCGUUGCUGCUGCUGAUAAUGCUGCGUCUGCUACAGCUGGAGCAUCAGUGGAAGGUUUGAAGAUGGCACAGAAGCAGCAGGAACAGCAGGGGCAGCAGCAGCAGCAGCAGCAGCAGCAGGGGCAGCAGCAACAACAAGAUCAGAAGCAGAAGGAUGAGCAGCAAGACCAACGGCAGCGAGAGCAAGAAGAGGCGGUGGCAAUGGCAGGGGAGGACCGCUCCCACGUGCUCGUCUCACCCUCACGGGGCUUUGUCUUUGCAGCGGUGUAUGACGGCUUCGCAGAGCGGCACGCCGUGGAUUACCUCCUCGCACACCUCUACACCGCACUGUGCCACCAGCUGGACGCGUGCGGCCUGCAUACACUGCACCUGGACUCUCAAGAAAAUUCUCUGCACCUGGACGGUUGUGGUGGCGGCGGCUUGCCCUCCGUGCCCUCCCAGGUGUGUCACAGAAACGGCCAGCAUCUCACAUGUGGUCUGCACUGUCAAGCAUGCACGGAGAGUGGGAGGGGGCAAGACCACAACCACAGGGCAUCUGGUGGUUUAGAAGGGACGUGUGAGUGCGGGUGUGAGUGUGAGAGUACAGGUGGGGGUGAGUUGAAAGGAAAGAUGAGGUGGAUGGUGCGUAAGAUGGGCAGGGCGAGUAGGAAAGCGUUCCCGAGGGACCGAAGCCGCUCUGAUUGGUCAGAAGCUUCGGAAGAGACGGAGGGAUUGGAGCAGGAGGGUGCGUGUGAGGGAACGGGCGGGAAUGAGUCGAAGGGUAAGCUAAGGUGGACGUUGGGUGAGGUGGGGAGGGCGAGCAGGAAAGCAUUCCCAAGGGAGCGAAGCCGCUCUGAUUGGUCGGAAGCUUCUGAUAACCAGGAUGACCAAGAAGCAUUCCGUGGGGAUAACCAGGAUCACAGAAUGGGCCAGGAGGGUGCAUCUGAAAAGGCACAGGGGGUGCGGCAGGAGAGAGGGUCUGAUGGCUCUCGGAAUGGAAAGCUGAGGGGAGAGAAGGAGGGAGAAGGAAAUGGAGAAGGAAAUGGAGAAGGGAAGGAGGAAGGGAAGGGGAUCAAACAAGUCGUGGGACAUGGUCAGAAACAGUCGCAGCAGCAGCAGCAGCAGCAGCAGCAGCAGCAGCAGCAGCAGCAGCAGCAGCACCACCACCAAGAACAGCAGCAGCAGCAGCACCCUCUCCAUGUGCCAAAGGCCUUGCAAGAGCCAGGUAACGACCACAGAAGACACCAAAUGAUCUUAGGCGCCUUAGAACGCGCCCUUGCCUCUACCGAGUCCUCCUUUCUGACGCGAGUUAAAGACGUCUCUAAAGACCAGCCGGAGUACGCGGUAGGAGGGGCGUCGCUAGUUGCUGCUAUAGUCACAGCCACGGAUGUUUAUGUGAUUAAUUUGGGGGAUAGUAGGGCGGUGAUUGUAAGGGGUGAGGAGGUGGGGAGGGGGUGGGGGGGGUUGUUGAGGAAAGGGGGGGAAGGGAGUGGGAGGCAUGUGAGGAGGGGGAGGGUGGAGAGAAGGAGGGGAAGUGGGGUAUGGGGAAGUGGGGGAGUGGGGAGUGGGGGAGUGGAGAGUGGGGGAUGGGGGAGUGGUGGGAGUGGGGGAGAGGGGAGUGGUAGCAGCAAAGGGAGUGGCAGAAGAGAUAAAGCAGGAGAAACGGGGGAAAUAUGGGAGAACGGGGAGAAGGGGAAGAAGUGGGAGAGGGGUGAUAUUAGUGGGGCUGUUGGGGAAAUGGAGAGUGUGGGAAGCAGGAAUGCAGGAGGAGGGGAGAGGGGAGGAGGCAGAGGAGGGGGAGUGUGGAGGUGGAAGGCAGAGAGACUGACAGUGGAUCACAACACGAGCAACGCUGCUGAGGUGAGGCGGGUGCAGCAGGCGCAUGCAGACUCGCUCAAGGGCAAGAUCAAGCUCACCCCCUCUACACUCUCCCACUGCCCCUACCCUGCCUCACGCUCCUACCCUGCUGUCUUACUCCCCUUGCCCACAUGCAACCCCCAGGAGGAGGUGCGGCGGGUGCAGAGCGCACAUGCAGACAGUGACAUCAUCAAGCGGGGCAGGCGCAAGGGCAAGAUCAAGCUCACACUCCCUGUCACCACUGAGGUGCGGCGGGUGCAACACGUGCAUGCAGACAGUGACAUCAUCAAGCGGGGCAGGCUCAAGGGCAAGAUCAAGCUCACGCGGGCUUUUGGAGCGGCCUAUCUAAAGGACGUGAGUGCUGUCUGCUCUCUUCUCUCUGCUUUUGCAAGGAAGGAGGAUUAA